UGACAACAUCCUUCGUGUUCCUUUUUCAACUUUUGACAGUCGCAUACAAUUUCCCCGACUCGCGAGAACGAACCCUUUUUCUUCACGGAUCUGUGCGCCAUAUGCCUUAUACCACUCGGACAUAUUGAACCUGCGUCAAUGAGUCCUCGCAAUGAGUGGCAACGACCCCCGGGUCGGCUCAGCCCGUGACAAUUCAACGAGUCCAAGGCUUUCUCGCCUGGCAUCAGGUUCUAAUUCAUCCUCAAUCAGCGACCUACUCGCGACACUCGUCCCUGUUCUCGUCGUCUCCGCCGUAUGUAUAGUAAUUUUCAUCUUCUUACGACGCAAAUGUCCGCGAGUUUAUUCCCCACGAAGUUUUCUGAAAAGUCUCGAGCCGCACGAAAAAAGCCCACCGCUCCCCACAGGAUGGUUCAACUGGGUUAAAGAAUUCCACCGUCUUCCUACAACAUUUUUACUCAACCACUCAUCCCUAGACGGCUAUCUCUUCCUCCGCUUUCUCAGAGUUUUGGGAGUGAUAUGCAUUGUGGGCAUUGGUCUUCUAUGGCCCAUUCUUCUCCCACUCCACGCGACUGGCGGUGGAGGCAACGAGGGCCUGGACUUGUUGACGCUUGGUAAUGUCACAGACCCUAAGCGACUGUACGCUCAUGCGUUACUCGCAUGGAUCUAUUUUGUUUUCAUACUUUACAUGACUUCACGAGAAUGUAUCUACUAUAUCAACCUUCGUCAAGCAUAUCUACUUUCUCCAUUCUACGCUAAUCGCCUCUCCUCCCGGACGGUGCUGUACAUGAACGUCCCGCGCCAAUACUUGGACGAAGAACGCCUGAAAUGGGUACUUGGAAAAUCCGUCAAAAGGAUAUGGAUACCUCAAAGCACCAGCGAACUCGAAGAUUUGAUCAAGGAGCGAGACCAGACUGCCAUGCGCUUAGAGAAGGCCGAGUUCCACCUCAUCCGACUAGCCAAUGCCGCCAGGACCAAAGCACUUCGCAAAGGAAAGCCAGAAGAGCAAGAGCGGAAGCAUUCCUCUCCCCAGCUGGGUACUAGUAACGACCUGGACGAGAAGCGCAGAGAGUCUGGGUCAGAGUCGCCCGAUCCCAAGACGAUUGACUUUACCGAGGAUCCGAAUUCGCCCACUAGCUCGGCCACGUCGACUAAACAGCCUCUCCCAGACGUCAACGGUUCAGUAGCAUCGCAGUGGAUAUCCCAUAGCUCCCGACCGCAUCACCGACCGAUCGCAAACUACGGCCGACGCGUCGACACGAUCAAAUGGACACGGAACCAAAUCAAGAAACUGAACUUUCGAAUCGCCAAAGUCCGCCGAGAACAGCUGUUCCGGCCCCAAAGCAUGAUGCAUUCGGUCUUUGUUGAAUUCGAAACGCACACCGAUGCACAGAACGCUUAUCAGACCCUCACUCACCACCGGCCGUUGCACAUGUCGCAUCGCCUUAUCGGUGUGCGCCCCUUUGAAGUCGUAUGGCACUCACUGUCCAUGACCUGGUGGGAAGCAAUUGUACGCAAGUUUUCGUGCCAAGCAGCCAUCACCGCGAUGAUUAUAUUCUGGUCCAUCCCAGCCGCGGCCGUGGGUACGAUUUCAAACAUCGAGUACCUCUCGGAAAAGGUCUUCUUCCUGCACUGGAUCGCAUACCUCCCAAAGGUGAUACAGGGGAUUUUGAGCGGUGUUGUUCCAGCUGUAGCGCUUUCGCUGCUGAUGAGCAUUGUGCCUGGCAUACUGCGAUUUUUUGCAAGGCUCUCUGGGGUUCCGACACUCACCAGGAUCGAGCUCUUCGUCCAACACGCCUAUUUCGCAUUUCAGGUCGUCCAAGUCUUCCUGAUCACGACACUCACUUCCGCUGCGUCUGCGGCCGUAACAAAACUCCUCGAGGACCCGACGACGGCUGAAUCCCUCCUAUCGCAGAAUCUACCCAAAGCCUCGAACUUUUACCUUUCAUACUUUCUCGUACAGAGUCUGGCCAUCGGCUCCGGUGCGCUUGUCCAACCGCAUAAUCUGUUCAAAUUCCACAUCCAGCGGCGCUUUCUGAAAGAUCCGAGGAAGCAAUACACCAGGUGGCACCGGUUGCAAAGAGUCCAUUGGGGCUCUGUAUUCCCUGUGUACACAAAUCUGGGCGUCAUCACACUAAGCUACGCGCUCAUCGCGCCCGUCGUUCUUGGCUUCGCAGCAGUCGGUGUCGGCUUCCUGCACGUCGUGUACCGAUACAAUCUAGUCCAUGUCUACGAUUCGGAGAUCGACACCAAAGGCCUCGUCUACCCAAGGGCGCUGCUGCAGAUGAUUCUGGGACUGUACUUCUCCGAGAUCUGCAUGAUCGGCUUGUUCUCCCUACGCCACGCGAUCGGUCCCGUCGUCCUGACUGCGAUACUACUGGUCAUCACGGCGCUGGUGCAUAUCUCGUUACUUGACGCGGUGCGGCCGUUCUUGAACAGUCUGCCCAAGACCCUGACGGUGGAAGAGGACCGGCAACAUCUUCUGGCGACGGAACCACCUCACCCCGAGAGAAGCGCCAUGGGCGGCGGUCAGGGCGACCGUUGGGCAGAACCGUGGCUGUACGACCCAGAGCAGGAUCCGGAAGAACACAUUCUCGGAAGCACUCGAGGGGAGACGACUGGGUUGAGGUUGGAAGGCGCCAGUGGAGCGGUCGACACGUUGAAAGACGGCUUCAAGACCAUCGUCAAGAAGAAGAUCGAGAAAGACUAUCCUGAAAUCAACACCCAACUCGGCUUCACCGCGGCGUUCUUCAGGCGCUGGAUUCGACCGGACCCGGCACAGAAGUCCAAUUGGCUUUUGCGCUGGUUGCAUCCCGAGGUCUACUCGGAUUACACCGUACUCCGCAGACUGGUGCCCGAAGACUUGCCCGACCCCAAGUAUCCUGAUGAGCUGGAGCGGGACAUCUACUUCCCGCCGUCAUUUCUGGGGAAGCCGCCAACAUUAUGGAUCCCGAAGGAUCCGGGCGGCAUCAGCCGACAGGAGGUCGAUCAUACAAAGAAAGUGAUACCGGUCACGGAUGAAUACGUGAGCAUCGAUGAGGAUGGCCAUCUUAAGAUCGAUCUCGACGAGCCGCGACUCGUGUUCGAUAUCGAUCGGCUAAGAUACUGAAAACUCAGAUAUCAAAUAUACAUUGUACACCUAUUUGCCUUCGGAAAUACGAAGGUUCUCUACAUAUCAUAAUCUGGCGACGACCACUUAUACCUAUUUCUCUCUCCUGCUCUCAGUCAUCUCGCCCUGGUGAAGACUAAUUCACACUUUCCACUUUUCGGCAGCGCCAGGAAAUGAUCGGUCAUGGCCAUACUCUCCUCCGUCGUGCCGGGCGCCGAGCUGACCUCAUAAUCCUUCACCAACGAGGCUGUGAUCAAUUUCAACUCUAUCUUUGCCAAAUUCUUCCCGAGACACGCUCUGGUACCUUGAGAAAAGGGCAUGAAGAGGGGUUUCAUCGAAUCCGUGAUCGCAACAGCGUCCAUCCACCGCUCUGGUCGGAAGGUGUCCGG